AUGGACCUCACCCAGAUAAGACGCCACCAUUGGACCACCUCAAUCACCUAUGAUGCCAGUAAUAUCAUAACAUACAAUCUAUCCGUCGGCAGCAAAGGUCAAGAUCUCCGUCACUGCUGGGAAGAGCAUCCCGAGUUUCAAGCCCUGCCGACGUUCAGCUCGCUAGCUGUGAUCGACAUCAUGGGAAAAGUCACUGUUGACAUGCCGAAACUCCUGCCACUAUAUAAGCCGAGCCAGCACCCGCAUGUCCACGCAGAGCAUUCUCUCGAGAUAAGAGGGCCAUUGCCAAGAUCGGGAACUCUAACCUCUGAGGCGAGGAUUCUUGACGUUGUCGAUCGUCGCACGGGCGUCGCUCUGAUUGUGGGUAUUUCAAUCAGGAAUGAGGAUACGGGGGAGUGGAUUUGCUAUAGCGAGUGGACCUCUUUUCUGAUGAAGAUGCCAGGAGACGGGGCGUCGAAGGCUUCUUCGAGUAUGCAGAGUACACUACUUCCUAGCCGAGAGCCCGACGCGGUGCUCAGCCACCAGACAACCCCUGAACAAGGUGCUCUGUAUCGAGCGGCAACAGGCGAGUGGAAUCCAAUGCAUAUUGAUCCUGCGACUGCCCAGCGGGCUGGCUUCCCAGGCCCUAUUCUCUCUGGGACGUGUACGAUCGGGAUUGGCGUAAACCAUGUUAUCGAGGCCUUUGCUGGUGGAGAUUCGGCGCGAUUCCAGAGACUAAAGCUGAGACUUAGCAAGCCUGUCUUUCCCGGGGAGGUAGUCACAACCAAGAUGUGGCGGUUUAACGAAACGAAGAUUGUUUAUCAACAGGUGGCGGGGGAUGGGAGGGUUGUCAUUUCGAAUGCGGAGAUUAAACUGAAAGCUGGAGGAAAGCAGCGGAGCCAGUUGUAA